AUGUUGAUUGCGGCACUCCUUCUUAGCUCGGUCGCUCAAGCACAUCCAUUGUUGCACGUUCCACACACGCAAGGGGGCCGGUCUCGAGCAACUGAAAAGCUCGUGGUACGACAGGCAGACGAGAUCGCCAAUGCCGGCGGGCGUUACAAAGCAAUCGGAACGCUCGAGGACAAAGUCAACAUCGCCUUGGGUGUUGCUGCUGGCCUCGUCACGGUGGUGGCAAGCGGACUUGCCGGCAUGCGCGUCAUCGAGCACCUUGCCUGCGAGAACGUCGCCAAGCAGGAAAGAACCAUGCAAAAGUCGUGGGACGAGAUGCAUCCCGAUGGCUUCACACCAGCCGGAGACCAGAUGCGACCGGCGAGUUUCGAUUGCAGCGCUCAAGAGAGGAAGUUCAAGCCUCUCAAGUCCUACUUGGGUGCUCCCAACUGGUACUAG